UCUUGGAUAUAUGGAGCAAGUAGAAAAAGAAUUUGGUUCGCUUUCACCAAUGAAGAUUCAAAGCAAACUACAACUUAUCAAAGAUACCAUUGAGGAUUAUUUCACGGACAUUCCUGAUAUUCUGGAGGAACACAUUGUAUUCAAGUGUCUUCAACUAGAAAAUGAUGAAGAAGUUAAAGAAUACUUUGACGCACACAAAGAAGAUCAUCCAUAUGACUCUUAUAUAGUUUUUGUGGUCAACAUCUUGAUGGGGAAAUACUUCUUUGGAGAACUCCCUAAGGACAAGCUAGGUCUUCUCCUAGACUCGAUUGUGCUACUGAGAACUUACUUAAAAAUCGAUGAUCUGCAAGAGGAUACUAAGAGAUUCAUCGAUAUAUGAUGGAAGAGCCUUGAUGUCUAUACCCUGAAGUUAUUCAUCAACUCUGCAGCUCAGUUCUACAUUAUAGGUAAGCCAAGUUUUAUCAAUAAGAGUGAGCAAUAUAAUUUAUAGAUGAACUUCCUGCGUAUUGAAGAACAUUAGAAAAUGAAAGAGAAGAGUAUCCAAAAUUGAUAGAACUAGUCUAUAAAUUCGACUUGUUCGACCUUGAAAUUGACUGGGAAAACUUCAUUGGGGAAGUCAUUAGGAGCAAAGCCCAAAAUUAUCUCUCUCAACUGACUACAUUGGUAAGAUACAAGCAAGAGCUUGCUGAUACUUGCAUUCGAGAGUUGUCAACUCCAAUGCUUGCCAAGUAUGCAGCAAAUAUGAUUGAAAAUUUCGGUAAAGAUAUCAAAGAAUAUCCUCAAGUGAUAGAUUAUCUCCAGAUGAACGCACUGAGAUACUAUCUGACUCGAUAUUUUAAAGGCGAAUUAGCUCUUUGGCAAGUUGAAGAUCUCUUACUUGAAACUGACAACGCCUCCAAAUCUUCGAUUUUACAAGAGAAUAUACCUGAAAAUCAGUGUGCUCAGCCAAUGAUUUGAAAAUUAGUAGAGCAAUUGACUAAAUAAGUAUAAUACAAAAUAUCACCGUGCAGCAAAGGCUCUGAUGAUAAGAAACGGAAUUGAGAGUAAACAAUUCCUUGAUGAAGAGGCAUAUGAGAAAAUUGAGAGUGUAAAAAUCACUAAAAAGGAUCUGGAAAUUGACUGAAUUAAAGAUGAAUUCGCACCAAUAUCUACUGAUGACUGAGACCAAGAGGAUCUUAUGAGACUCCCAAGCAGGGUCAAAACUAUGAUAAUAGAUCAUGAAAGUCAGCUUGAGUUUCCCAUAGAUAUUAAUGAGAGUAGAUCUCCAAAGGACAUCCUAGAGUCAGCGGAAAUACUUGGAAUAGACUGAGAAUGGCGACCACCCAUUACUCGCUUUGAUGCGAAAGGAGUUGCUUUGAUUCAGAUUGCUAGCCGAGAAGUAGUAUUCCUGAUAGAUAUCAUUGCCCUCAAAGAUUCUGCAAAACUUGACCAAAUUCUUACUAAAAUAUUUACAAGUGAGACUACCAUCGUCGGGAUGGACUUUAGAAAUGAUAUGAAAGAAAUUGGACUGAGGAUUAGAGGCCCUACUAAUAUUACAGAAGAAGAGGAGAAGAUUCAAGAAGGAUUUUGGCAAAGAAUCCACAAUUUUUAUGACAUCAGCACUGUUUUCAAGAACUAUAGCAACCAAAAAUCUUCCAAAUUAAGCGAUAUAGCAGAGUCGUUGCUACAUAAGAAAAUUUGUAAGGGAGAACAAAUAUCAAAUUGGGAAAGAAGACCUCUGAGAAAGUCCCAAAUGCACUACGCUGCAGUUGAUGCCUAUAUCCUAAUCCAGCUGUUUGAUACACUGAAGGAGAAACUUGAAGAAAAUGAGAGGACCAUUUUAGAAUUUAGCCAAGACCUAACUGAAAUCAUAAAGACUCGUUCUCCCUCCAGUCAAAAAGGGAACCAAAGAACACCUCAGAAGAAGAAAGUAGAAAAGGAGAUCAAAAUUCCAUCAGGGCCGAAGAUCUUUAUGAGCGAUUCAUUGAGCGAGCCCAAGGAGGAGAAAGUACUGAAGUUUUACAAUGAUCCAAUGAUGAAGAAUCUUCAUAGAAUCCUUCUCCAUUUCGGGUUCGACUCGAUUGUCUGUCCUCACAAGAUUCGGAAAUAACAAAAUCGUUGAUGAUGGGGAACAAAUUGUAACCGAGGAAAGAAUCUUUGUGACUAAGUCACCGUCAAGAUUCAAGCAGCAUUUUGACAAAGAAAGUGUCCUGAUCAAUUCGAAGUACAGGUAUGAUUCUCAAAUCAUCUGAUAGGACUGAGCCAUAUCAACAAUUCAAUCUUUUAAUGGAAAGCUUAGGUGCUAAAAUCACUUGUGAGCCUGACAUCUUAGCGAUAAUCAACCUGGAAGAAGAAGAGAAUAAUCAGAAUGACCUCAAGGAAGUUUCUAAUGAAAAUUUAAAUUCAUAGUUCAAUCUUAUUG